AUGGAUGUGUCAGUAGUUCUCACGCUGGUACAAACUCUUCUCCAACUGCUGGACACUCCCAUUGGAGAGGAAAUUGAAUCAUUAUGGGGUUACAAAUCCCAGCUUGAGAAACUCAAGGCCACUAUGUCUACCAUCAGAGCGGUGCUCCUUGAUGCUGAGAAGCAAGAGAGACAGCAACUUGAGCUCAGCCACACAUUACAAGACAAGCUCGGGAGGCUCAAGGAAGCCGUUUACAAAGCUGAUGACUUGUUUGAUGAGGUUGCUACUCUUGCCCAGUGCAAGAAGCUUAUGUCUGGUAGCAGUGUGAGGAAAGAGGUACGCCUUUUCUUCUCUCGCUUUAAUCAGCUCCGUUCUGCUUUCAAUAUGUCUCGUGAAGUUAAAAAGAUCAAGGAGAUAUUGAAUGAUGUUGCUAGAGAUCAUCACGGCUUUGGUUCAAGACCACAGCAUGGUCAUGAGGUAUGCGAGGUGAAAAACGAAAGGGACUCUCACUCUUUUGUACACGAGGAAGAUGUUAUUGUUGGGAGAGAUGAAGACAAGAGGAUAGUGAUAGAUAUGUUACUAGACAGUUCUGUUGCUGAGGAUGUUUCUUUUGUGACCAUAGUUGGGAUGGGAGGGUUGGGGAAGACAACUCUUGCCCAACUCGUGUAUAAUGAUGAGACAAUCGAAAGGGAAUUUCCAUUGAAGAUGUGGGUUUGUGUCUUUAAUGAUUUUCAUACCAAAUUGCUUCACAAAAUUCUAACAUCUGUAACAAACCAAACAGAUCAUGGUGGCUUAGAAAUGGAGCAGCUCCAGAGAAGAUUGCGACAAGAACUUGAGGGGAAGAAGUAUCUGCUUGUUUUGGAUGAUGUUUGGAAUGAGGAUUUUAAUAAGUGGCACAAGUUGAAAAUUUUGUUAAUCGGAGGUGGAAGAGGUAGCCGAGUUAUUGUGACCACACGCUCUAAGAGGGUAGCAGACAUGGUGGGAAACCGCUAUAUGUUUGAAUUACAUGGUCUCUCAGAGAGAGACUCCUGGAAUUUAUUUGAGAGAAUGACACUAGAAACUGGGCAAGAUGAAAUUGAGCCAUACUUGGUCAAUACUGGAAAAGAAAUUGUCCAAAAGUGUGCUAAUGUUCCACUUGCCAUAAGGGUUGUAGGAAGUCUUCUUCGAGGCCAGGCAGAAAGUAGGUGGCGAUUUUUGAAAAACACUGCCUUGGCAAACAUAGAACCUGAUGAGAAUGACAUAGUUCGUGCAUUGAAGAUUAGCUAUUAUUAUCUUCCGUACCAUUUGAAGAGCUGCUUCAGUUAUUGUGCUGUAUUCCCCAAGCAUUACAAGAUCAAGAAGGAGGAUUUGAUCAGUCUCUGGAUGGCACAAGGGUUUAUUGUUCCAUUAGGCGGAGAGAGUCUUGAAGAUGCCGGUGAGGAGUACUUCAUGAAUUUACUGCAAAGAUGCUUCUUUCAAGAUGUAGAGCGAGCUGACAAUGGUGAAAUUCUGACAUGCAAAAUGCAUGAUCUGAUUCAUGAUCUCGCUAAAGAAGUAGCUGGAGCAGAAAUCUUGUCAUUCAGCUAUAAUACAAGCUAUUUUGAUAAGAAAACUCGGCAUCUAUUUGUCAAUAGUACUGUUGGUCGAAAAGAUUUUAGAAGAUAUUUGACCACAAUGAAGAGAAUGCGUACAAUUUUGAACAUAGGGUACCCCAACCCUUUAGAAAGACCUGAUGUGCUGCUACCAAAAGUGAGAUAUUUAAGGGUACUAGAUUUACAUGGGGCUUCAUUUCAAAAGCUACCAAACAUGAUAGGUGAAUUGCUGCAUUUAAGAUAUCUUGACCUCUCUUGUAAUCGUAGUUUAUCUGUGUUGCCCUUGUGCAUUACCGAGCUUUAUAACUUGCAGACAUUCUUAUUGCGUGGUUGUGAGUCACUAAAAGAGUUGCCGAGGGACUCCAGAAAAUUAGUUAAUCUUAGGUGUCUAGAUAUAUUUGAUUGUAAUAGUAUGACACAUAUGCCUCCAGGGAUGAAUAGUUGA